CGAGUCAGCACAAUGCUGCUGAGACCGCGGCGGAGGCGCACCGAGCCGAGCACAGCGAUGAAAUGCUCCCAUCGAGGAGAACGCAGAUGGACAGCCUAGUUCAGCCGCUCGUCGCCCAGUACCUCGCCAUGGGAUGCCAGUCAAAGGAAAACCAGAACGAAAGUGUGGCGCCGGACGAAAAGGGAAAAGACGAUGCGAGAGUCACGCCAGGAUGCACCUCCAGGUCUAGAGUGUCUCCUCCGGGCCGCCCUCACAGGUUCCACAAACCCAGUCCGGCCCAGACCGCCUCGGGGAAACCAGUAAUGUCUCUGGGUCACCUAACCAAGGGGGCAAGCUGGGAGGAGCUCAUCCAGGCCUGUCUGCAGCUGUUCGACGCGGACGGUUGCGUACGUGGGAGCAGCCACCUGCUGAACAUCACCCUCACCAUGCACCGUCUCCUCAUCUCCUCCAGCGAUCUGCUGGACAAACUCAUCGCUCUAUUCAGAACGGCCGUGGACAGCGAGCAGCCAACAGAGUGCCAGAGGAUCUGCUACCUCAUCAGGCACUGGAUCCAGGAAUUCUGGAUGAUGUUCCGGUUGGACCACAGCUUGUCAGACAGCCUGGACGAGUUCCGUGAUCUGAUCAGAGAGCAGGGCCAGGAGCGUCUCUGCUCGCUCCUAGAGACCAAAUGGAUAAACGAGCGGGACUGGUCGUGGAAGGCCAGCCAGAAGAUUAAAGCUAACAGCAGUAAAAAGAGGAAGGUGUCUCUACUCUUCGAUCACCUGGAGCCCAUCGAGUUGGCCGAGCAUCUCACCUUCCUGGAGUUCAAAUCGUUCUGCAGAAUAUCAUUCGUAGACUAUCAAAAUUACAUUCGCAGCUGCUGCAUGAAGGACAUCCCCGUGAUGGAGCGUUCCAUCGCCCUGUGUAAUGGUAUCUCCCAGUGGGUCCAGCUGAUGGUGCUGAGCCGGCCGACCGCUCAGCUGAGAGCGGAGGUUUUCACAAAGUUCAUCCACGUGGCACAGAGUCUACAUCUUAUGCACAACUACAACACACUAAUGGCGGUGGUGGGGGGGCUCUGUCACAGCUCCAUCUCCAGGCUGAAGGACACCACCUCACACGUACCCAGUGAGGUCACCAAGGUACUGAACGAGAUGACAGACCUGCUGUCCUCCUGCAGAAACUACGACAACUACAGGCAAGCUUACAACAGGUGCACGGGUUUUAAAAUCCCCAUCCUCGGCGUCCACCUCAAAGACCUGAUUUCGGUCAACGAGGCCAUGUCGGACUACGUGGAGGACAACAAAGUGAACGUCCAGAAGCUGCAGGCACUUUACAGCCAUAUAAACGAGCUGAUCCUGCUCCAGCAGAUCCCGCCCAGGCUGGACGCCAACAAGGACCUGGUUCAUCUGCUGACGCUGUCCUUGGACCUUUACUACACCGAGGACGAGAUUUACGAACUGUCUUAUGCACGGGAACCCAAGAACUGUAAAGCACCACCAGCCACCCCUUCUAGACCUGCAGUUUUUGUGGACUGGGCAUCCGGCGAGGCUCCAAAACCCGAUCCCCGAACCAUCAGCAAGCAUGUGCAGAGGAUGGUGGAUUCCGUGUUUAAGAACUACGAUCACGAUGAGAACGGCUUCAUUUCUCAAGAGGAGUUUGAGAAAAUUGCUGCUAGCUUUCCUUUUUCCUUCUGUGUCAUGGACAAAGAGAAGGAAGGCCUGGUGAGCAGAGAGGAGAUCACGGCCUACUUCAUGCGGGCCAGCGUCAUCUGCUCCAAACUGGGUCUCGGCUUCGUCCACAACUUCCAGGAGACCACUUACAUGAAACCCACCUUCUGUGACAACUGCUCAGGAUUUCUGUGGGGUGUCAUCAAGCAAGGCUACAGAUGCAAGGACUGCGGGAUGAACUGCCACAAGCUGUGCAAGGAUCAGGUGGCGUUCGAGUGCAAGAAGAACACCAAAGCGUACAACUCCACCGACAGUCCCACGCCGAGCUCCACGCCCGUCGCCACGGGCCCCUCAGAGGGUUCAGAGGAGUGUCCUUUCCCCUACCCGCCGGAUGAGAGCAAAGACUGGAGCCCCGACUCCCCGGUCACCUCCAGUCUGAGGCCCCGGAGAGUCCACAGCUGCACCCAGACAGACGGACCCCCGGUGUCCGAGGCCGGCCGCCUUCAGCCUUCUCUCCUGGUCCCGGCGCCGCCGCCUCUCACCUCGUGUCCCAGCCCGGUGCCCCAGAGGAAACAGCGACACUGCGCCAAGUGGGAAAACAGAGCGACUGUCGUGCAAAGGCCUAAAGAGCCAGAAGAGGACAGCAAACCCAACUAUGAAUCUCUGGAGUCGGACAACCAGAGGCUCCAGAAAGCCAACGAGACACUACGCAGGAAACUGAAAGAGACAGAGCGCGAGGUGGAGAUACUAAAGACACUGCUGAAGAGGCACGCUCUCCACCCGGUGGAGGAGGACUCCUCCUCUUAGACUCACGCUGAACACUCUCCGGGGAGGCUGGUGCUGCCCCCACAUGGCGGCAUGUGUAAAUCCUAAUUUAACGGUCACGAACAGUGCAGGUAUUUUAUCAGUAUGAUGAUGAGACCCAGGAGAUUCGGCAUCACGUGUUUGGAUGCUAACAAGAAACCAACCAGUAAUGAAGUGAAGGAAAAUCUGAAGGUGUGUGAGGAUUUUUUUUAAAAGCAGCUACAGUCCAUACACAGUAUACUAAGUUGAUUUUAAAAGAGAAGUGUGAGAAGAAUGAGCCCCUUUACUGUGAGCAUUACUCACUUUAUUUAGUGAACCAUUAAAGUAGCUGCAGUUAAAAACGUACAGAGACGACGUUAUUGAAUGAAGGAGUGCAGUAUUCUAGAGCGAGACAAUAUACAGCAGAAUGUGUUUGAUCAAUUCUUGAUCAGUUAACGAGCUUAGAUAUUUAUGUUAAACAUAAAAUGGAAAAAGGAGGCCGCGGUUAAAACAAAAACAAACAUGGUUUUUAUCGAGCAUAGGUAAGUUAUUAUUAUCACUAGUAAGGAACAGAGCCCACUGAGGAUGAGGUGCUCCGGUCCACAGAAGCCGCUUUGUAUCGUCGUCCCUGAUGUUUUCAGUGCUUCUGUUGAUAUUUAUUAUUGUCUGAAACACUACACGACUGACAUUUUGUACAGUAUAGUGGUACUUUCAUUGGAUUAUUUAUGCUUCUGUGUGUUGGCUUCAUAUCGUAGCUUUGUUUUUUUUUAUUAUUAUUAUUCUUAUGGUGCAGCCAUGUCAUUCUCUGAUUAUAUCGUCCAUUGUAGCUGUCGUACUGUGAACGGGGGUCGAGAUACGUGUGUUGUGUGUAACGUACUGUAAAGUAUGCACAGUGCCAUCGUCCAGUUUCACCCCCUCUCUCUCUCUCUCUCUCUCUCAGUAUUGUUCUCUUAUUGUUCGAAUAAAUAAUGAACAUUCUAUAGACAGCGUGUUGCGUUGCUGAAUGCGGCCACUGGGUGGCACCAGAGCCUCACGACCAGGAGCUGCUUCCUAAUGAUUGUUUACUUUCCACUCAAAGGCUCUUGCUCUGUAAACGCUGCGCUCUAAUUAGCCGUCUGUGUGUUUAACGCUUAAAGACGACUUCUGUCAAGUCAAAGGGAGGAAAGAAAAUCAGAUAAUUUUCUCUAAUAGGUUAAUUUUCUUUUAAUAUAUGUAUUGUGAGUGUAGGUUUGGUUAAUCUAGAGGUACAUUUAUAUACAGCAGAUCUAAAAAGUGGUGAAAUUAUGGAUUUAUGAGCUUUUAAAGACCGUCUGUGUCACCCUGUUGUGUGGAGAUGGUACCCGGCUGCCCUGUCCUCGGGGCUUUGCUGCAGGUAAUGAGUCCAAUUCCACAGAACAUGUUGGCCUGUAGAUAAUGAGAGGGCACCUGUCUGCCGUCAGAGGAGUAAAGAUUCACAAACCAAGCGUCUAAUCCUUCACAUUUUUUGCAAAGCCACUCUGCAAACAGCCAGAGAUUUGCCUUAUUCUCGCCGCUCCUUGUGUACAUUUCUGCAAUUCAUAAAGAAAGAAGACGUUAAA